AUGGAUAUCAUGCCAGGACCUGGGCGGAAGUACUCCUGGUGGACGAAGGACCCAGAUUCCGGUACAAUUCUACUGAAGUUCAAGGGGGGUGAGGCGGCCGACCCCAAGGAUAAGAUCUAUGCAUUGCUUGGUCUCUGUCGAGACAUUAAUGAAGCACUGCUUCCAAACUAUAGAAAGUCCCUAGCAGAGGUUAUCCAAGAUACUGUUGCGGCUUUACUAAGGAUCGAAGACGGCUGGAAAUCUACAUGUCUCUUACCUGAGUGGAAUCUAUCGGAGUUCUACAAGAACUUGCCUUCACUGGUCGACACAGUUAGUAGGUGGGCCAUCAAAGAAGGUCAAAUUACCACCUUAGAGACUAUCAUGCACCGAAAUAAUGUCCUUGUUGUUGGGGGUAGUUUUGGUCCUGAGAGUCUCUUAUGGGAGCCCAUAGUGCAUCUCGAUACAGCGAUCGUGCAGUCGCUUUUCGAAAUGGGCGCAGACGUGGACUUUCGCAACAAAAAGUCGUGCGAUGCGCUCGUUGCCGCUGUGAAGAAUGGUCACAGGCAAACAGUAAAGCUGUUACUCGAAAGAUUCACCAAAGUUGAUGGAAGCGGGGAUGAUUACAAUAACAUCCUUCGUCAUGCAGAUCUUCGAGAGCUACUACCUGAAACAGGCGGCAGUUCUUAUGUUCUCGGAGGAAAGAAUGUCGAUGGAUCUCAGGUGACCUCGGCUGAUGACAGCAUCAACUCUACAAAGAACAGUCAUACAUAUGUCAAUUCGACUAGUGAUCGAGAAGAAUGGGAUGACAUAACAGAAGUCAAUAUAGGAGGGUCCCACCGAGUUCCCGAUACUCGGGUUCAACAACAGAAGUUCGAAGACGUCGAUGUUCAGUCGCUCGUUUCCGAAGAGGGCGACACGGCCUCCAGCGCCUCAAUGCCCUUGCCAUCAUGGGCUAGCGAGACAGAACUUAUAAUCAUUGGUGUUUUUGCUAAGAGCUCCGUUCUUUCUCCAUUGUACUCAAAGGCGCUGCAACUCAUGCCCGAAGAACGAUUUAUCAACAACUUCAGACGUUUACUGAAGGCUUUCCAUGGAAAUCUCGUGACAUCCGACAAUUCAAAUGUCACACGCCAGCUUGCAAAACUUUUGAGGUCUAAGCAACGCUAA